AUGGAGCAGUCACUGGGUACGUCCGCUGGGGUGGUGCUUUCCUCAGAAGACGUGAGUCUCCUCUUCAGCAAAGUUUUCCACGUUAACUCCAACACCAGUGAGGCACGUGCAGCCAUGAAGAAGAUUUCCGGAGGUGACACUAACUGGUCCUGUACUAGUGGAAAUAUUUUGGAUGUACUGUUAGAGAUGGAAAAGGAGAAGGACAGAAAGGAAAUGCUGUAUUGGGAAUUCCAGAUUGUAAAUGGUCGGUCUCUUCACCACAUGAAGGACAGCCUGCACCAAUGCACAGACCCUGAUAUGUUGAAAAAUGCUUACAACUCAGAGUCAUGCACGAUUGAAAUAGACAGUGCCCAGAUUGGGGGACGGAUGGGCGUGAAGGAACUGUUUGAUGGAGCGAUACAUGUGAAGAGACUCAAAAAAGCGUCCAGGCAGCGCUGGGUUGGACUGGCAUCAGAGGGUGUGCAAAGCUUACUGCCUUUUCCCUGGUGGGGCCAAAGUAUAGGCCUGAGAGGUCAAGCCUGGGGCUGUGUCUCCUUGUCAGACAUCCUCCUCUUGGUGGAAGUGAAGUAUGAUGUGGUGAAGCAAUUGCUUUAUACAGAAAUGCUUCAGGAACACCACACGAGGGCUGUUUGGGAGAAACUGCUGCCAUGGCAACAGCAAGAGGAAGUGGAGUUGCUAGAAGAUCUCACAGAGGAAGCUUUGGAGUCGCUUGACAUGCUUCAUUUAGCUUUGCUGCCUGGAGCAUUCAGGAUAUAUAAGGCCUAUCUGAAUGAGUCCAGACAGCAGUCAUGGUCUGCUGUUUCUUUACUAAAAGAGUUACACAAAUGCUGUCAACAAGAACAAGACACACUGACAGCUUUGGGCCAGAGGUUGCUUGGAGAGAGUCCAACACAGUUGUGUCUCUUCAUCAGGCUUGCAACUCUUAAAGCUCAGAGGGAGACAAUGUCCUACAGGGCUCUUCUCGCAGCCCAGCAGUCCUGGGAAAGCUGGCCACAGAUUGUUGGUCCAUCCAGAGUGGAGCAGAUUACUCUUUGGCUACAUGGUGAUGAGGAAGAGGAGGAGAAAAGGGAGGAAUUUAAGACAUUACAGCAGGUGAUUUUGACUGUGGGCCAAUGA